AUGGCAAUGGAAAAACAAGGGAUCUUGGGCAAUGAUAAACAUUUAGAAACAACAGUUUAUCGGUUUGAUGAAAACCGCAAAUUGAAUGGCUUUAAACGGGUUUUGAUAUUCUUCAUAUUGAUUGUGGUGCUGCCGUUUACCUUGAUUAUGAUUCCUUUGCACCUGAAGAGGCGGGUCUUUGCUGAUGUCAUCUAUCCGGUGGCGGAAUCGGAUAUAAUCGAAAUUCGUGAUGGCAUAUCAUCGAUCUUCUGUAAACAGCAUUCAUUGAAAAUGGAAACCCAUUUCAAUGCUUUUCAGUUGAGCAGUAAACCGGAAAUAUCGACAAAUCACAAACAUAUUCGACUGAAAAAAUCGAUGACCCUACCCGAUGAUACUUUUGAAUAUUGGGGAUUUUAUUUGUUGAAAGGUGCAAGGGUUCUGUUGAAAUUUUGUUCACGUUAUGAUGGCGCCCGAAUGUUGGUGGUUAAGGGUGCCCGAGAAUUGGAUACGUGUGGUUUGCUCGAUCAUAAUCGCAACAAAUAUGGUGCCAAUUAUCCCCAGGAUCAUGAACAAGUGAGAGUAUUCUUUGAGGAUAUUAAGGAGAUGGAGGUGAAUCAGGUGAGCAAUUCCUCCAAAAAACGUUCGCACAACAAACACCGCGAUCAACACAACGAAGCGAAAGAAAAUCAACGACAACAACUUUACAAUCAAUUAUACAAAACCCCCGUACCCCGUCGUCAGAAGCGUGAUCAAAUCUAUGAUCGUAAAUAUACCCAUGGUGGUAAUGCCAUGAAUUUCACCGAAACCGAUGAAUCGAAUUCGGUGUCGAGUUUCGAAACCGGUCUUCUAGAAUGUUUUAAAACCAACAAACUAUCCUUUGGUGAUUUUCCACCCAUUGCUGAGUGUACCAAUCCCCACUUCCUAGAGAAUGGAUCACAUCGUAUGUUGUCUAUCCACGAAAUUGAUGCCGAUGGUUAUUACUAUUAUAUUUUCUAUAGUGACAACGAUUUAGUACGCAAUGAUAUACAUGCCAUAUUUGAUAUAUACAAGCCGACUUUUCUCUAUUCGAAUAAUAGCGAUUCUCAGGUUUGUAUUAAUGCGACAAGUUGCAGUUUUCCCCUUCGCUUCCUUUCCGAUGAAAUUGUCGUCGUUGAAGUACCAACACGUGAUGGUAUCGAACACAGUGAUGAUGAUAUUACAAAUUUGAUCUCAACAUGUCAUCCUCGAACAGAAAUCUAUGCUAUAUUUCCUAUUUUAGUACUUAUUAUUAUUUUAAUUAGUUCGUAUUUGUAG